CAAAACAUUCGCUUGUCCAUGCACAAGACUUGACACGACCCUGCACCCUCUAGCGUCUUAUCACUUGAGUUUCUCGCAAGGUCAGCGAAGCAGAAAUAUGUUCGACAUGUUGUGAUCAUUAGACCUGUCUCCUCUCUUGUCCAUUUGAAACACCCAUACACUUUCGACGUCUCCCCAGCCUCGGACAUCUUUCACCAGAAUCCAACUCGACGACAUCAAUGAGAUGCAAGCUUAUGCCGAACUGCUUCCGCCCCAGGGCGUCACCGCCGCUCUUGCGGUUGCGUUCACCUCACAGGACGCAAGCAACCUACUUGUAGCCCGCACCUCCUUGUUGCAAGUCUUCUCCCAGAAGCAGGUCUCUGGUGGACAGGACGCGAAAUUGGUUUUGAUCGCCGAAUACAAUCUCCCAGGAACUAUCACCCAGCUAGGCAGAUUAAAGCUCCAAACAUCUAGGAGUGGAGGGGAUGCCGUUCUGGUAGCCCUCCGUGAUGCUAAAUUGAGUCUGAUUGAAUGGGAUCCGACGCUGCAUAGUAUAACUACCUUGUCAAUACAUUACUAUGAGCAAGAUACUCUGCAAACUGCUCCAUGGCAAAUCGACCUCGGUCACUGUGUCAGUCAUCUCACAGUCGACCCUAGCAGUAGAUGUGCCGCUUUCAACUUUGGUGUCAACAACCUCGCCAUUGUGCCCUUCCACCAGACCUCCGAUGAUCUAGCCAUGGACGAUGACUACGACGAUACACAUGACGGUGAAGAAUUGGCACCCAAGGAUGAGCAGGCUCCCAAGUCGCACAAUGGCACCAACAUUGAUACACCCUAUUACCCUUCCUUUGUCUUGCCAACCACUGCACUAGAUCCAGGCCUCUUGCACCCUAUCGACCUUGCCUUCCUCCACGAAUAUCGCGACCCUACCAUUGGCAUAUUGUACUCAUCCGCCGCUCGGUCAUCCAACAUGGUAGCAGAGCGCAAAGAUGUCACCAUUUAUGCUGUCUACGCCUUGGAUCUCGAGCAGAAGGCUUCCACCGCUCUCCAAUCCGUCCAAAAACUCCCCAACGACGUUCAAAAGGUCAUUCCUUUGCCCCUUCCCGUCGGUGGUGCAUUAUUGGUCGGAGGAAAUGAGUUAAUCCACGUCGACCAGGGCGGCAAAUCAAGCGCAAUCGCUGUCAACGAGUUCGCUCGCGACGCCUCUGCCUUCUCUAUGACGGACCAAUCCGACCUUCGACUGAAACUAGAGGGUUGUCAAAUCGAGCAUCUUGGAAAUCCUAGCGGUGACAUGCUUAUUUUUCUCCAAACUGGAGAAAUUGCCCUUCUAUCUUUCCGGAUGGACGGUCGUUCAUUGUCCAGCAUGAACAUUCGCAGAAUUGACGACGAUUACGCGUCCACCCUGUCCCUCGGUCCAGCUUCCUGUACUGCGAACAUUGGUCAGGGCAACCUUUUCAUUGGGAGCGAGGAGUCUGAUUCAAUCGUCUUGGCAACUUCUAAGAAGGCUUCACAGCUGAAGCGAACUUUAUCUCGCGCCCACACCCAGGGCAACGGUACUGAAAACGACGUGGAUGAUGAAGAUGAUGUUGAUUCAGAAGACGAGGAUGACUUAUAUGCGGACCCUGUCGAUCGUGUCAAUGGCGCUGCCCCAGGUGAUGUUGCUGUCUCUGGCGGUCCUCAAUUCCGCGUUCUCGAUCAACUGUGUUCAAUUGCGCCUAUCAAUGAUACUACUUUCGGACUUCUGGGCAAGCGGAAACGCAGCGAAGAGGAUGAUUCAACCUCUGAAGAUCUGACGCAAGCACGAAAGCGGUUGGUUGCCUCGUAUGGCCGGGGUCGAGCAGGUGGUGUUGCCUUUAUUUGCAAAGAGCUAGACCUCGAUAUCUCCAAGAAACUGUCUUUUCCGCAAACCACCAAGGUCUGGAGCUUCAGCUCGCACUCCAAGACGAAAGCGCGAGUGGCCGGCGGGCCGCUUCCCACAGAUGACCUGAUGAUCGUCUCCCAGAGCCCCAGUAAUGCACAGGGCAACAAUGCAGAGGGGAAAUCGUCACUCCUCCAAUCAGUCGAUGGGGAAUAUCAACCUAGACCGGGUUCCGAGUUUGAUGGAUCUGCUGGGGCUACGAUAUUUGUGGGCAAGUUGGACAUGACAAACCAUACUGUUCAGGUCUUGUCCAGCGAGGUCAGAGUCUACGACGCGGAAUUCGGUCUCUCACAGAUCUAUCCCAUUGUUGAUGAAGACGAAAGACAAGUUUCCAAGGCCGUCAAAGUGAGCUUCGCUGACCCAUACUUGGCCAUCGUCAAGGAGGAUGGCGCUAUGAGCCUCCUCAAGGCAGACAAGGCUGGUGAAUUGGAUGAAAUCGAGCUUCCAGAAGACCUCGCCGUGCAGAGUUUGCUAGCUGCCAUUCUCUACCAAGAUGAAUCCGACUUCUUCCAGUCGUCCAGAUUCUACCCAGAUGCCUCGGAGAGCGGCCCCGUACUGGCCAUUCUUACAACAGAAGGAAACUUCCAAUUGUUGUCUUUGCCCAACUUGAAUUUCCAGAUAUUCCAGUGCGCCAGCCUGUCAUUCUUUCCGACUUAUCUGAUGCAAGACCUGCAAAUCCCUAAGCACUGGAGGAACAAAGACUAUCUCUCUGAGAUGACCUUGGCUGAUAUAGGGGAUGCGACCUGCCGGCAGCCAUACUUGAUCGCUCGCAACACUGUUGGCGAUGUUAUCCUAUACCAACCUUUUGCUGUUCCGGACGUCGUGGGCAGCUACAAGUUCAAGAAGGUCGGUACCUGGACUGUCCCAUAUGCUGAGGGGCAAGGUGAUUCAGAAAAGCCGUUAUCGAGGCCGUCGAUGAAUAGUCUCGGCAAUCCGACUGGGUUCUCAUGGGUGUUCGUGCCAGGUUCGACGCCGUCCGCAAUCCUCAAGCAUGCUUCGACAGCGCCUCACAUGUACAACCUUGGUUCUGAACGCAUUAACGCAGUGAGCAACAUAUCAGACGGACCUUCCGACACUGGGUUUGUCUUUGUUGGAGAGAACGGUAGUGUCUGCUUUGCCCAGAUACCACCGACAACCCUGGUUGGUCUCUCCGACUGGGCUAUCCAACGUGUACCACUCCAAGAAGACAUCAGCUUCAUUUCAUAUUUUGAGCGCACUCACUCAUACAUAUUGGCGACAAACGCUCCGACAGAGUUCCAGCUUCCCCAAGACGAUGAAUGGCACCAAGAGUGGCAAAAAGAGACGACCACAUUCCUCCCAACAAUGCUGCAGAGCUCUCUCAAAUUGAUGAGCCCCGCCACUCACUCGAUCAUCAGCAGGUAUACUUUCGACACCUCGGAGAGGAUACUGUGUGUUAAGUGUCUGAACCUCGAAAUCUCCGAAGAGACACACGAGCGCAAAGAUCUGAUAGUCGUGGGUACGGCGGUCGUCAAAGGAGAAAAUGUAACAACUCGAGGCAAUCUGUACAUUUUCGACGUUGUCGACGUCGUGCCAGACCCCGACAUUCCAGAAUCAGACCUGAAAUUGAAACUCAUCACUCAAGAAGACGUGCGAGGCGCGGUAUCGGCAAUCUCAGACGUUGGAGCUCAAGGCUUCGUUCUCGCCGCACAGGGCCAAAAAUGUAUGGUUCGUGGGUUGAAGGAGGACAUGUCGGUCUUGCCGGUCGCGUUCCUGGAUAUGCGAUAUUACGUCUCCGUUGCCAAAGAGUUGCGUGGGACGGGACUUUGUAUCCUGGGCGACGCAUUCUCGGGACUCUGGCUCGUGGGAUAUUCCGAAGAGCCUUACAAGUUGCAAAUCCUCAGUCGCGACUUUGAGAACCCCGAAGUCAUGACUGCCGACUUCCUGCCGGAUGGGCGACAACUCUACAUCAUCAGCGUCGACAACGACGGUCAAUUACGCGUCCUGCAAUAUGAUCCGGAAGAUCCCAAGACCGAACGUGGAGCCCGACUUCUCAUCCGCAGCACCUUCAAUACAGGCGACUGUCCGACAGCCAUGACGCUGCUCCCACCACCGACACCAGCAUCCACAAAGACACGACGAAACCGAGCGCGUCGUGGUUCCAACGCGUCAAUCGCGUCGUCUGCAUCCUCCUCUUCCUCAUCUUCAUCCAUGUCUCUCGACGCAACAUCACCCACCAACCCCACCUCAUCCUCAUCCUCACCCUCAUCGCGACAUCGCAUCCUUCUGACCACCCAAUCCGGUUCCAUGAGUCUUCUGACACCAGUACCUGAAUCGACUUACCGCCGUCUAUCGAAUCUACAGAACAUCCUGCUCACGUCUCUCGAUUUCCAUCCCUGCAGUUUGAAUCCGCGUGCGUAUCGACAAAUCGAGACUGAUGGUGUGGGUGGGCGUGGAAUCAUCGAUGGAAACCUGGUUCGUCGUUGGUGGGAAACUAGUACUCAACAGAGGGUCAAUAGUGCCGAUAAGGCGGGCGGUAGUGUCUGGGAGAUUAGAGGUGAUUUGGAGACGAUUGGGACGGCGGAUUUGGAUUGGUAAGGAGGAUGGGAAGGGGGUCGGUCAUUGCUACUACUUAAGGUAGUUCGGGGGCUGGGAAAACCAUUCCUGUGAGGUGAAGGAGAUAAAAUAGAAUGGUAUGGGUUUUUCUUGGGGGGAAGGGGGUGAGGGAGUGAGUG